AUGUUUGGUCGCUUUGCAGCCGACGUUCCCGCACGCGGACUGCCCAUCGCGCCCCAAGCGGCGGAAUAUUCAAUUACGUCUGGAGCAAAGUGCGAAGCCUCAAAGCCCUUGUUGCGCGCAGCGAAGGCUCUUCGGAAAGGAUUUCGGCCAGGGGUGCACAAUAUAUGUUUGAAAAAAGUAUCGGACUUCACCCAGCAACUGUCGCAGGUGUACGAGCAACAUGCGGAGGAGCUGCAACUGCUCGUAGCCAACUUCCGCAAGAGGAACGCCGAGCUGCGCAAAGAAAGGCCGGCGUGCCCGAGCGCGCUGUUCCACACGUGGGAGACGCUGCUGCAGGAGGUGGAGGUGGACUCGCAGGCGCACUCGGACAUCGCGUCGGUGCUCGGGCGGCAGGUGUCGCGCCCGCUGCUCGAGCGCUCCUUCCACCGCAAGAUCCAGUCGCGCAAGGUGUUCACGCACCGCGAGAGCUACGAGACCAUCCUCACCAAGACCGAGGACAAGCUCGUCAAGUGCCGGCAAGACUACAAGACGGCGUACCUGUCCUACCUGGGCUCGCCGUCCACCGUGACGCUGUCGGCCUACCUGGACGCGCACAACGAGUACGUGGCGCAGCUGCACGCCACCAACGGCAUGCUGGAGCGCUACCACCAGGAGGCGCUGCCGCAGCUGCUGCAGUCGAGUUGGGAGCGCAUGGGUCGCUACCGGAGCCACGUGCAUGACCUCAAGGUCAGUUCAGGGACGAUUAGAAACAAUCCUGAGGAAAAUUUGGACUCGCAUGGAGGUGUUUUUCGAGGUCUUGUGAACGAUGGCAAGUUUAUAGAUUAG